AUGACUCAUCUUAAGUUACUUAUAAGGGUGAAUAUAAAAAGGGUAGAAAAAUUGGUAGAUGGGAUAUUUAUUUCAGUCAUAAAGGAGUAAAUAAAUAGAUGUAUAAUUAUAUUAUUUAUUAUUAAAAACAUAUUCUAUAGUGGUGGUGGAGAAUAUGAUGAAAGAGAUGAGGGAAUUAAAACUGGAAAAUGGAUAGAAAUGAGCGAAGGGUUUUAUGAGUCAUAAUAAGUAAUGUUUAUAGGCGAUUAUAAAAAUGGCAAUAAAGUUGAUAAAUGGGAUAUUUAUUUCAACAAUAAAGGAUAAAAUGAAAAGAUGUAGAAUAUCAUUAAUAUUAUAUGAAAAAUUGUAGUGGUGGAGGAUAAUAUGAUGAAGGUGGUGAAGGGACUAAAAUUGGAAGAUGGAUUGAAAUAAGUGAUGACUUCGAUGACUCUUCUUAAGUUACUUAUAAUGGUGAAUAUAAAAAGGGUAGAAAAAUAGGUAGAUGGGAUAUUCAUUUCAAAAUUACAGGAAGGAAUGAGCAGAUGUAAAAUUAUACUUAAAUAUUAUUUAAAAAUCUAUUAGACGUGGACAAUAAAAUAACGAAGGAAGCGAUAGAACAAAGAUUGCGAGAAAAAGUAAGACUAAGUGAUAGUUUUUUUAAGUAAUUUCAGAUAAAAAUAGUAAAAAAGCUGAAAAAUAGGACAUCCCAGAUAUAAAAGUAGGAAAUGAGUAGAUGUAAAAAUAUAUAUGUUAAAUUUAUCAAAAAUGAUGUAGAGGUGGAUCCUAUGAUGAAAGAGGUGAAGAGUUGAAGAUUGGGAAAUGGGUAGAGUUGAGUGAUUCUAAUUCAUAAAUAACUUAAAUAGGCGAAUACAAAAAAGGUUAAAAAGUUGGUAGAUGGGAUAUUUAUUUUAAUAAUGGAGUAAAUAAUAGGAUGUAAAAUUAUUAAAUUAAAAAUGAUUUAUAAAUGAUUCAGUGGUGGUGGAUUAUAUGAAGAUGGUGAAUACGGUUUAAAGAUUGGUAAAUGGAUUGAGUUGAGUGAAAUUAAUACAUAAUUAACUUACAUUGGUGAAUAUAAAAAAGGGUAAAAAGUUGGUAGAUGGGAUACUUAUUUCAAUUAUUUCGGAAAUAAGUAGAUGUAAAUAUCAAUUAUGUGAACUAGGUAGUGGUGGAGGAUUAUAUGAUGAAGAAGGGGAAGGAAUUAAGAUUGGAAGAUGGAUUGAAGUGAAUGAUGAAUUUUUUGAUUCAUCCUAAGUAACGCUUCAUGGUGAAUAUAAAAAUGGGUAAAAAGUUGGCAGAUGGGAUAUUUAUUUCAAUUAUGGAGUAAAUAAAAAGAUGUAAAAUAAUAAUUAAUUAUAUAAUUGUUUUAGUGGCGGUGGUUCAUAUGAUUAAGUUAGUGUUGGGAUCAAAAUUGGGAAAUGGAUUGAGAUAAAGGAUAAUUUUAAAUGGGCUUUAUAAACUACUUUAAAUGGAGAGUAUGAAAAUGGUAAGAAAAUUGGGACAUGGAUAGAAAUGCAGGGAAAUAUAAAAAGUAAAGAAAUAAUCUUUGAACAUUGA